AUGAAAAGUGAUUUUAAAGGGUUGAUAGAAGAAGUACCAAAUUUUAAGUGGAAUGAUUUAAAUAAGAAAGUAAAAUGUAAACAAAAUACAUUAUUAGAUAAAUUUAAUAAAAAUAUUAAAGAAAAUAAAGAAAUUAAAGUUAUUGAAGAAAUCAAAGAAAUUAAAGAAAUCAAAGAAGAAAGUAAAGACUUAGUUUUAUAUAAAAAUAAUAAUUUAAGAAUAAUUAAAAAAAUAUACUUUGAUCCAUUAAUAAUUAUACCUUAUAUUUAUCUUGUAUUUCAUACUAUCAUAAUAUCAGUUUUACUUUACUUAAUUUUACAUUUAUUAAUCUUUUUUAGAAAAGAUAUACUCGGUAAAAUAUUGAUAAGAAGAAGUGAAUUAGAAGAUAAAAUAUCAUCAGCUAAACACAACUAUGAAAUUAAUAGAUGUGAUCCAUUAACAAGAGUCCCUGCUAUAAACGAUUUAUGUAAUGAAUGGGAUAGAACUAUUAAAGCACAACUUAAUGUUAUGAAUUACACUGUUAUGGUUUUAGAGUUGUUUGGAGAAUGUUUUAAUGGUUUUAUUAAUAAGAUCAGUUAUUAUGGUUUAUUUGUUUGUAUUAUCAUUAGCUUAUUAGUUAUUAAAUAUAAAAAAUAA